CUCUCUCUCUCUCUCUCUCUCUUUCUCUCUCUCUCUCACACAAACACACAGUUGCAUUGCCUCCACUGCUCCUGCAGAUUGUGUGCUCCACCUUCACCUGCAAAGGUCUUACACAAUGGCCACACAGUACUCGACGGUCCAGCGAUUCGAUGACACUCUCAGCGUACGGACGGAGGACGGGUGGCCUUCGGCCAAGCGUCGCUACGUGCGCCGCGACGGCAGCUGCAACAUGUUGUUGCGGCACAUUCCGGAGGAGUGGGUCCACUAUGUGACGGACAUUUUCACCACGCUCAUCGAGAUCCGCUGGCGCGUCAUGCUACUCAUCUUUGCCCUCUCGUACAUCCUGUCGUGGCUUGGCUUCGGCAUCCUCUUCUGGAUCAUCGCGCUGGCGCACAACGACCUCAGGGACCCCACCAACGAGCCGUGCAUGUACGAGGUGCGCAGCUUCACGGCGGCGUUCCUCUUCUCCCUGGAGACGCAGACCACCAUCGGCUACGGCUCGCGGGGCAUGUCCGAGAGCUGCAUGGAGGCCAUCGUGCUGGUGACCAUCCAGGAUGUCCUCAGCGCCUUCAUCGACACGUUCGUCAUUGGCAUCGCCGUGGCCAAGAUGGCAUCGGCGCGCAAGCGGGCGCAGACGGUGGGCUUCACCAGCUGCGCCGUGAUCAACCUGCGCGACGGGCACCUGUGCCUGUCGUGGCGCAUCGGCGACUUCCGCCACAACCACAUGGUGGAGGGCACAGCUCAGGCGCAGAUCGUCCGCCACACGGUGCACACCACGGGGAAAGUGGACAUCACCUACAAGGACCUGCGCAUCCAGGAGCGGGACAUCCUCCUGGCGGUGCCCACCGUCAUAAUCCACAAGAUCGGCCCCGACAGCCCUCUGUUUCGCAUGAGCCUGCUAGACCUGCGUUGCGAGGCCUUCGAGCUGGUGGUGACCUUCACCUACACGGACGACUCGACGGGCAUCCUGCACCAGACGCGCACCUCCUACACGCCCAACGAGAUCCUGUGGGGACACGUCUUCCAGGAGAUGUUCAGGACCACGCGUAGACACUACCGGGUGGACUACGCCCUCUUUAACCAGACCGGCAGGGUGCACGUGCCGGAGAUCAGUGCUGAGGACUACCACCGCGCCAAGUGCUCCCCGAGGCUCAAGCACUCUCCCCGACUGCCCAAAGCGCCCACAAUUACUGUGGAGCAUGCGAGCGGAAACGAGAAUGAGAUCGAGAAAGACAUGAAAAACGAUUCUAACACCCUCAAGGUUGAAGAGUAACUAGUGAACAGUUGUCCUCAACUGUCUUCUAUUUGCUAAGAGAACAUGAUGCUUGGACACAAAUGGAAGGAAAACAUUGAAAACAUUUAUCAAUAAUAUACCAUGGCUAAUAAGGUGUUAUUAUGAGACAGUAACUUGUUUUAGUGGGGAGUGAGAUAUUACUGUGAUGAAGAAAUUUCAGACAGGAGUUUCUUUCAUCCAUGACUACAAUUCAUGGCACCUGUCAUAGAGUGAGUGAUGUCAUACAGUAUGUGUAUUUUGUGUAUUAUGUAAGUAAGUGGGAAAUUUAAGCCAUAGCCCACGCCCCCCAAAUUGAUGGACAAGUGAACCGAAUUGUAUCCGUUUUAACACAACCCAGGUUCAGAUCUGUCCAGGUUAUUCAUAGAUAUUUGUAGCCUUUUGUAUAUAAAUAACUUUACUGAUGAGUCAGUUGCAAUUCAACAAUAUCCAAAUCAGACCAAAUUACAAUAGCUCUGGCACUACAUUUUUAUUUGAGUUUCUUUGGCUACUAACUGUGCUGUAUAUGAAUUUGAUGCUUUUACCCCUUAGACUUGUAUGUAAUGUCACCACAUCAUACCACAUCACCUCGUCUUAGAGAGGCUCUGGUAUGACGUGGCAUGGAUUCAGUUUCAGCAGCUGCGAUGUUUUCUGUUACAAAAUACCUGUAUUAAACUGAACAUGUCAUAUA